AUGUCGACAGUAAAAGAAGAUGCCGAGAUUACAACUCAACCACACGAAUACCAAAGCAAGCAUUCUCCAGUCACCACUUCUACUGCUCUCGCAACAAUUAGUCAGACAAAUCUAUUGUCAACUACGAACCUAUCCCUUCUGACUACUAUUGCCGAAACUUCACAUCAUGCAAAAGAAUACGAAAGCGAAAAUCCUCCAGUCACAACUUCUAAUGCUAUCGCAACAAUUAGUCAGACCAAUCUAUUAUCAACUACGAGCCUAUCACAUCUGACUACAAUUGCCGACACUACACGUUACGAAAAAGUUGAAUUGAGCACAACCCAGAUCACAACUUCUACUGCUAUCGCAACAAUUAGUCAGACCAAUCUAUGGUCAACUACAGAUCUAUCACUUCUGACUACAAUCGCCGAGACUGCAGUCGCGGAGACUACACGUUCUGAAAAACUUGAAUUGACCACAACCCAGAAAUACGAAAGCGAGAAUUCUCCAGUCACAACUUCUACUGCUUUCGCAACAAUUAGUCAGACCAAUCUAUUGUCAACUACAGAUCUAUCACUUCUGACUACAAUCGCCGAAACUACAAUCGCCGAGACUGCAGUCGCGGAGACUACACGUUCUGAAAAACUUGAAUUGACCACAACCCAGAGAAUUUGCGGCGUCAUUUACAAUUCAAAAUGCUAUAAAGCUAUCGUGCAGUAUGCUGGGAACCUCGCCUUCAGCGAUGCUAAAAAUAUGUGUAAUCUCAGACUGGCUAACAUCUAUGACGUCACACAAUUUGAUAUGUUGCUACAAUACAUGCGCACAUUGAUUACAAACGACUCAACUGCGCUUGCAGUUCACACUGGAAUGUACUAUAAGAGAGGUGAAUUUGAAUUGUCGAACGGAGAACCUGUAACCCUGCCUUCUAGCGUGUGGCAGGAUGGUUAUCCGAACUCCACAGGCUCGUACACAAACAUUGCUAUUAAUGUCGAUCGAAACCCUAAUAGUAAGCAUCAAGGGAUUCAGAAUCAUUCUCCAAACGGGAAGCAAUAUGGCGCCAUCUGUGAAUACAAAUUUUAAUAUGAAUUUGUUUAUAGAUUCAUUGUUAUUGAAGCAAAAAAAGCGGUAAAAUGACUGGAUUUUGACAGAAUUAUUCUUAAUUGCUCACCGAUGUUGAUGUUGACCCGUGUAACUUUAAAACUACCGGUAUGUCUAUGAACCGGUAACGUUGCUACUUAAUAUUGUUGACCGGGUAGCCUCAUUUAAAGCCUAUACUCCCUGUAUUCAUUGUCCAAACCUGGAAAGUAUAGAAUAGACAGUGCAUACACCCUGCCAUAUACAUCUGUGUUAUGUAUAGUGUACACUUGAAUGAUGAUUACUGGUAAUAAAUGUUAUACCUGGAAUAUGAGUUACAUAAUUACAAUUCUCAUCAUAUAAAUUAUUGACAUUUUUAUUUGUUGAAUUCCUGCUGUAGAGUUUCUAUGUUAGAAAUAGUUCCAUAGGUUUAAUCUGAACAAGGCGGCCACUGACACGGAGGAAGGUACUACGUUUAAAAAGAUGUCGAUCCAUCUAUCACUUAAUUGAUAUGCCAAGGUCUGUAAAAUUCACUCUGCUGAUUAUAAUGUGAUUCUCAGACUAUAUAUAUAAUUCAUAUCCAAAAAUAUUUUGGAUGUCUUCAGAAUAGAAGGAUCGAUUUAUGUUGUUAUUGAUCAUUUUAUUGCUCUAACAAACUUAAGGUAGAUAUAAAUAUUUUUCUCAAUGAGUCAUUACAUGACUCGACUAAUAUCAAUAGCAUUUAAUAUUCCUUUAUGAGUUUAUGAUUUUUCAUAUUUUUUAUUUUUAACAGUGAAGGGUCUCUUGUUGUUUAUACCAGCGCAUAUUUCUUAUUUUCCAACUGAAAACUCAUCUAUAUUUCAUUACUAAAUACUUAUAUCACACAUCACGUCCCGUAAAAAAUACACAAAUUUGAACUUAUGUGAAACCCGUAAUUCGUUAAAACUAAAAUUUCACCGUGUUGCGAAGAAAGUAUAAAUAGAAAAUUGAAUGCAAUAGAAUCACUUAAUUUAAAACAAAUUCAAUAUUAUGAUUUUAGAAGUUUUUUUUACAAGAUCGAAAAUUCUUUGAUUUUAACGAAAAAAAAUUUUUGGGGUUACAUUCGUCUGUAAAUACAAUUCACACAAAAAAAUCUUUCGAUAACUGUCGGAUUAAAAAUGAAGCUAAAAAUCAAAUAGACAAAAUUGAUCCGGAUCGUAUUCAUUGAUUCGGGUUCUAUGCAAAUCUCAAAAGUGAAUCAUUCUCUAGUUGUUUUGGAUUAAUUUCAACUCUGCUUUUGACUGCACAUAACAAAAUUUCGAAUCCUUUUUUGAGUUUCCAAACCUCAGAUCAAUGUUCAUCACCUACUUCUAUAAGAAAACUUCUGGUCCAAACAGAUAGCACCUAAGUUGUCUUUUUAAACAGAAGUUUAUAUAUGGCAUUUAGAAUAUCAAGAAAGAUAACAAAGCAGCUAUUUUUAUCAAUCGGGUGAUGCAUAAAAUCGGGUGUUGUAAAAACCCAUAAUAUAUAUAUUGUGAGCAUUAUGAAAAUACCGAAUACCAAUGCCGAGAUUAUUUAUGAUGAUUUUCAUAACGAUUUAUUAGUUUGUAGUUAGCAUAGUAUAUUUUUUAUAUUCUCAUAUUUCUUUACACAAUUAUUUGGCUUUGUUUGACAUCGAAUGACUCAA